UGUAGAAAGAAGAACAAGGAAGAGGGUGAGGUUGUGGCCGAGAAGACCCCGGUUCCAGCUAAUGGUGUCAACCAGGAAGAAGGUUGGAAGGACAGGAAAGGGAAAGCUAUAGCUACUGAUGUUCAUAAAAGCAAACCAAGGAAAGAAUAUAGGCCUAAGAUUGUAGCUAAAGAGCCAGCAAUGCUUAAUAACUUUGCCAUCUUAUCUGAAGCCAAUGAGAGGUUGGAUGUUGAGAAUGUUAUGGAGAAGGUCACACAGGCAAAGCAAAAAGGUGAAAUGAGGGAUAAACCGUUGGAUUCCAAUCCGGUUCACUUACCAGAAGCAUCCUUGAAUAGAGAGGAGAACUCUAGUUUUCUGCACACUGGAGGAAGGGCAUCUGGUCCUUCAUUUAUGGAAGGUAUUAAUCUGGAGUUUACGGAUGGACUAAGGAAGGAGAUAAAUGUCGAAUGA